AUGUUACAUUUGAGACACAAAUCCUGGGUUAAAUGCAAUCUCCCAAGAGGCUUGCUAUAUGGCUUAUUCAGUCUGUUGAUUAUGAAGGCUUUUAUGUGCUUGAAAAAGUGCAAGGAGUGGGCAGCCGAAACAACAGUAUUGUUAUCAAUUGUCAAUAAGGUUUUUAGUUUUCGUCUUCUUCUUUUUCGGCAUGUUCUGGAGAAUGAUGACAAUGGCCCAGCCUCAAGUAAUCUGACUUUGUGUGAGAAUUGGCUCAUCUUCUAUAGAAUUCUGUCAAAGCUUCUAUAUACGUCACUGCCAAGUAGAAUUCUAGCUUCUAUCGGUAGAUCUGACGAUGAAUAUGUUGAUUAG